GCGGCUUUGGCACAGGCAGACUCUGAUGACGGGGUGCUUCUAUUGUACGCCAAGCCCCUCUGUACUUGCCUUGCCAGAGUAUAAAAGGUAGAGCACUGGUCAGAGGGGGCCAGCACGAGCCAGCCACCCAAGCAAGGCACAGCUGUCCUCUAGCAGACGUUCUAGAACUCCUUCACCAUGUCUCAGACCGCCAAGUCCGCCACCAACCAGGGCACCGAUGCCAAGGACAAGGGAGCUCCUGCCCCUGCUGCCACCAGCAAGGCUUCCAAGACUGGAGACCCCGGAAUGAUGGGCAACUACAGAAUCUUCCUGUUCGACCAGGAGAACUUCCAGGGCAGGAUGAUGGAGGUCCAGAACGAGUGCAUGAACGUUUGUGAACGUGGAAUGGACAGAGUCCGCAGUAUCAUUGUUGAGUGCGGCCCCUUUGUUGCCUUCGAGCAGACUAACUUCCGUGGUGAGAUGUUCAUCCUGGAGAAGGGAGAGUAUCCUCGCUGGGACACCUGGUCAAACAGCUACCGCAGUGAUUGUCUCAUGUCCCUCAGACCCAUCCGCAUGGAUCCCAUGGAGCACAAGAUCUGCCUGUAUGAGCUGUCUGACUUCAAGGGCAACAAGAUGGAGAUCCAGGAGGAUGAUGUGCCAACCCUGUGGGCGCACGGCUUCUGUGACAGAGUGGGCAGCGUGAGGGUUCCCGGCGGAGCCUGGGUGGGAUACCAGUACCCUGGCUACAGAGGCUACCAGUAUCUGUUUGAGUGUGGUGACUACAGACACUACAACGAGUUUUGCGCCUUCCAGCCUCAGAUUCAGUCCAUGCGCCGUGUAAGGGACAUGCAGUUCCACCAGCGCGGCUGCUUCAAUCUGACCAACGCUAAACAGUGAACUAACCUCACUGCGGUCUUGUAGCAUAGCAAUUAGCCUUCUAAUCCCACUUUUUAACCCCCUUUCCUUCCUCCCUUUCACUGACUUCCCCCCUCAGAAUAGAUUAAUUUAAAUUGUCCCGGACAUCUAACUGACUUUUUAUGAUGCCAAUAAUAAACAUGUUUUGGAAAAACAAAA